ACGUAAAAUCGGCUUAAAACCCUAUAGGGCCGCUACACUACUUCUACCCGGCGGCUGUCAGAAAUUCAAAAGAUCUCUCCUCAUAUCUCCCGACGGUGCCGGGAAGUCUUGUAAGAAAUGUCUGUUGAUUCCACGCCGCCGGUGGAGAUGCUCUCCCUCAGCGACGUCGUCGAAGAAGCGGAGUUCUCCCAGCGAGUCCCGAUCCGGUCUAUUAUCGGCCGCUCGGACGGUGGCGCCGGACUUGCCGGGAGAGUCGUGAGAAUCGGAGGGUGGGUUAAAAAAGGAAGAGAGCAGGGAAAGGGAGCGUUUGCUUUCCUGGAAGUGAAUGACGGAUCUUGCCCUGCGAAUCUCCAGGCCAUGGUGGACGCGACCGUUUUCAAGCUCCGUGAUUUGGUUGCCACGGGCACGUCCGUUCACGUCGAAGGAGUGCUGAAGCUGCCGCCUGAAGGCGUCGAGCAGAAGGUCGAGCUUGCAGUUCAGAAGGUUCUGGCUGUCGGAACUGUGGAUGCUGCUAAAUAUCCUUUGCCUAAGACUAGACUAACACUUGAGUUUCUACGAGAUGUUAUUCAUCUCCGCUCCAGGACAAACACGAUAUCUGCACUUGCUAGGAUCCGCAAUGCCCUGGCAUAUGCCACUCAUACGUUCUUCCAAAAGCAUGGAUUUUUAUAUGUCCAUACUCCAAUCAUCACCACCAGUGAUUGUGAGGGUGCUGGGGAGAUGUUUCAAGUCACAACUUUAAUUAAUGAGGCUGAAAAAUUGGAAAAGGAGCUGAAAGAUAACCCACCUCCUACUGAAUCUGAUGUCAAAGCGGCUGAGGAACUUGUUCAGGCGAAAGGAGAAACUGUUACUCAUCUCAAAUCUGAGAAGGCAAGCCUAGGAAAAGAUGGGGAUGGUGUUGCCGAGAUUAAUAAAAAAAUCAGUGCUGUGGUUGGUGAGCUGAAAAGGGCCAAGGAGAAUCUCGCGAAGUUGGAAGAAAGGUUCAAUUUGGGGGAGAGAUGUAAGCAUUCUGCCGGUAUUCCUAAAAGGGGUGGAAAAAUUGACUACAGUGCAGAUUUUUUUGCCCGUCAAGCUUUUUUGACUGUUUCUGGCCAGUUGCAAGUUGAAACUUAUGCAUGUGCACUUUCUAGUGUUUACACAUUUGGUCCAACUUUUCGAGCCGAGCACUCCCACACAUCUAGACAUCUUUCAGAAUUCUGGAUGGUGGAGCCUGAAAUAGCUUUUGCUGAUAUCAAGGAUGAUAUGAAAUGUGCAGAGGCAUAUGUGAGAUUUCUGUGUCAGUGGUUACUUGACAACUGCCUAGAUGACAUGGAAUUUAUUGUUAACUCCAUUGAUAAGGGUGCAAUUGAUAGGCUUAAGUUAGUUGCUUCAUCCGAUUUCAUCAAGAUUACUUAUACAGAAGCCAUUGCCAUUCUUGAGGAAGCAGUCAAAGUCAAGACAUUUGAGAAUAAAGUAGAGUGGGGGAUUGACCUGGCAUCUGAACAUGAAAGGUACUUGACUGAAGAUCAUUUUAAGGCACCUGUUAUUGUGUACAACUACCCGAAAGGGAUAAAAGCAUUUUACAUGAAGGUCAAUGAAGACAAUAAGACAGUUGCUGCGAUGGACCUGCUUGUGCCAAAGGUGGGAGAACUAAUAGGUGGAAGUCAAAGGGAAGAGGAUUACGAGGUCCUCAGGUCAAGGAUACUGGAGAUGGGAUUGCCGCUAGAGCCAUACGAGUGGUAUCUUGACCUAAGGCGCUAUGGUACUGUGAAACACAGCGGUUUUGGUUUGGGGUUUGAACGGAUGAUCCUUUUUGCCACUGGGGUUGACAACAUCAGAGAUGUCAUUCCCUUCCCCAGAUAUCCCGGAAGAGCUGAUCUCUGAAAAUGUUAUGCAUAUGCUUUGGGUGAUCGUUAGGGGAUUCUUGGAUUCUAAAGUUUAUUUAUUUUGAGUUUCUAAUAUACCACUUCACUUAAUUAGCAUGGUUGUUUCACUGCCUUUUUUUAUGGACGUCAAUACCCAUACUGCAGUUUAUUUAGGAAAAAUUGUGUUUCUUUUCUUUAUUUGUUGAAUGCAAUUUAAUGGGUAGAAGAUGAGAGGUUGUUGAAGUUGCAGGGACUUGCAUUUAGGCUGUUAAAAUUGCAACCUAUUAAUAUAAGAUGUGCUAUUUA